GUUAUAACCUACCCGUGUAACCUACUUACAAUAACAGUGUCAUUAUCGCAGCCUGAACCUCCCAAAGACGACGCAAACGGGCUCUCUGCUACAUUGCAUCCGUUCUUUAACCAAGACCCUCCCCCGCCAAAUAUUAAGAGACUUUUUUCCCUGUAUGUGUAUUGUUAUGAAGGCUUCUGCGGCAAAAGACACUCACCUCUAGCAGACAUGCCCGGGUCAUUAUAUGAAACCUCCAAUCUGGAUCGAGGCGGCAACAACAGGAAGAAGAAGAUAGAGGAAUUCUCUAGGUCUUCUCGGGAGAAACUAGUCCAGUCGAAGAACAAAAUGUUCUCAAAAUUUACGUCCAUUCUCCAGCAUGCUGUGGAAGCGCUUGCCCCAUCGCUGCCCUUGCAGGAGGACUUUGUCUACCACUGGAAGGCCAUUACACAUUAUUACAUUGAGACUUCUGAUGACAAAGCUCCAGUCACAGACACCAACAUCCCAUCCCACCUGGAACAGAUGCUGGACAUCCUGACCCAGGAGGAGAAGGAACGGGAGUCUGGAGAGACGGGGCCCUGCAUGGAGUAUCUCCUACACCACAAGAUCCUGGAGACUCUCUACACCUUGGGCAAGGCAGAUUGUCCUCCAGGAAUGAAGCAGCAGGUGCUCACCUUCUACACAAAGCUGCUAGCACACAUUCGUCAACCUCUCCUGCCGCACAUCAAUGUCCACAGACCUGUACAGAAACUGAUCCGUCUGUGUGGGGAGGUGCUGACUGCUCCUACGGAAAAUGAAGAGAUUCAGUUCCUUUGUAUUGUCUGUUCCAAACUGAAGCAGGACCCCUAUCUUGUCAACUUCUUCCUUGAGAACAAGUUAAAGAGACCUGAGAUCAAGCGUCCUGGGGGGACCGAGGUGGUGAAGGAGAAUGUGUUGGCUCCAGACACUGGUCAGUCUCUGACGAAGGCCGACUGCCCAGAGGAGCCUCCGGCUGCAGCUGCUGCCUCCUUCUCUAGUCAAACCAGUAACAACAGCAACAAUUACAAUCUUGUCACCUCGCUGCUCAACCUCACAAAGAGCCCUGAUGGCAGGAUAGUCGUGAAGGCGUGUGAGGGCCUGAUGCUGCUGGUCAGUUUACCAGAGCCUGCAGCCGCCAAGUGUUUAAUUGAAAACACUGAGCUCUGUGAGCUCCUGACUGACAGGCUGGUCUCCUUCUAUAAAGCCCUUCCACAGUCCAUGGACCCCUUGGACAUUGAGACAGUGGAGUCGGUCAAUUGGGGUCUGGAUGUAUACAACCUGAAGGAGGAUGCUGCUGUCUUUACAGGGAAGAGGGCUCUCAUCUCCUUCCUGUCCUGGCUAGAUUACUGUGACCAGCUCAUCAAGGAGGCUCAGAAGUCAGCAGCUGCAGUGAUGGCAAAAGCAGUGAGAGAAAGAUUCUUUGUGUCUGUUAUGGAACCUCAGCUCAUGCAGACGUCCGAGGUGGGCAUCCUGACCUCCACAGCCCUGCUGAACAGGAUCAUCAGGCAGGUGACCUCAGAGGCUCUGCUGCGGGAGAUGAUUUACUUCCUGCUAGGAGAGGACAGAGAGCCAGAGACUGCAGCUACUAUGGCUCAGAAUCCACUCAGACACAGACUCAUCGAACACUGCGACCACCUGUCAGACGAGAUCAGCAUCAUGACACUGCGGCUGUUUGAGCAGCUGAUCCAGAAGCCCAACCAGCACAUCCUCCACAGCUUGCUGCUGCGAAGCCUGGAGGAGAGGAACUACCUGGAGAACAAACCACAGGAGGAGCGGGAGCCUCUGGAGAACGGGCAGCCCCAUGAUGCCGUAGACCUUGAGGAGGAUCCACUGUUUGGUGACGAAAUUGCUCCAGACAGCAGGCUGUCUGGUUCUGAUUGGCUCAGCUCCUCUCCACAACAGAGCCCCGACCACUCAAAGUCUGACGGGAAGACGGAGGUCCACAAGAUUGUCAACAGUUUCCUGUGUUUGGUGCCCGAUGAGGCGAAGUCAUCAUUUCAUGUUGAAGGCACAGGCUAUGACACCUACCUCAGAGAUGCACAUAGACAGUUCAGGGACUAUUGUGGGGUCUGCCAGCAGUGGGACUGGAGGGGGAAUCCAAAGCCUUUUGAGAAGUGUGACUUGGACAGCCCAUUCUUCGAGGGCCACUUCCUCAAGGUUCUCUUCGACAGGAUGGGUCGCAUCCUAGAUCAGCCCUACGAUGUCAACCUGCAGGUGACCGCUGUGCUGUCCAAGCUGUCUUUGUUUCCACACCCCCACUUGCACGAGUACCUGCUGGACCCUUACAUCAACCUGGCCCCCGGCUGCAGGUCUCUGUUCUCGGUCAUCGUCAGGGUGGUGGGAGAUCUCAUGUUGAGGAUUCAGCGCAUCCCAGACUUCACACCCAAACUGCUGCUCGUGAGGAAGAGAUUAUUAGGCCUGGAGCCGGAGGGCAUCAAUAUCGACCACAUGACUCUGCUAGAGGGGGUGAUCGUGCUGGAGGAGUUCUGCAAAGAGCUGGCAGCCAUUGCCUUUGUCAAAUACCACGCAGCUGCCUCCUCCUCGCCGUAAUCCUCCUGCUGUUCAUCCAUCUGCCUCGGCCAGGCAGACAGGUCAGGAGUAAACCGGGCCUUUGGGGGGGUGUGGUGGUGGCGCUGGUGUCACAAGGUCGUCAAAAGAUUACCACUAACCGCUCAUCCCUGCAAGACUGUUAAAGCCCACACGGACGGGUUCAUCACUUCCCCCUCUUCUGGCCUCUCGGGCUCCACUAUUGAAGUCUUGGGUCUUGUUUUUGAGAAGGUCAGAGCACAGACACUGCCCAGCCAGCGGAGCACUAAGAGGAGAAUGGAGGUCGAGGUGCAGAGAGAUGGUCACUGGACUCUCAGCCUCUGUGUUUUCUCUUCUCCCCCCCCCCCCUUCUUUCUCCACCUGCCGAAAGACAGCCCUGUAAUUAUUAUAUCAAGGAGAAAAAUAUGUUUGUGUAUUUAUUUUCUGUCCCAUUAUCACCCAUUUGUAAACAUCAUUGCCUUAGUGUGGAACCGCACCUUUCAGUUACACAAGAUUGUUUCCUUUUGAAACAUUUUUAUCUUAACUCCUCACGCAUUGUCUGUUUGAAGACAAGAGGACUAGAGCCCACUACCUUCAGCCCCUACAUGUACCUGUAGUUACAUACAUAUCCAUCUGUAGUACUUACGAUACUGCACUCCUAUUUUAAAUGCCAAGUCCUCUUUAUUUAUUCAUUUGCUUUCGUGUUGCCUUUUUAACUAAUGUCAUAUUGAGAUCAAAUGAAUGACGUACUUCCUCGUCCUUCCUGAGUUUGUCGCUCAAUGCUUGUGCUCUCAAGGCUCACCUGUAAUCACCCUCGCCCAAAGACGUCACCAUCCAUCACAUUUUCUCAAAUGAAAUGGUGAAUUUUGCAAGUCAUGUGAAUUUGCACACGGACCUCAUUGCAUUGCACUUGUUACAUUAUUCAUGUUCAUGCUUUUUGUUGGGGGGGGGGGGGUUGGCUUUUAGGAAAUGGGAAGAGACAAGUUUGUGAUUCCACAUUAGUUGUUGUUCUCCAGAACCAGUGUUGCAUUUCUCACAACAGUGUUUAUUUCAUCCAAGUAUCAUUUUUGUUUUUUUUCGCACCAUUUCUAAUUCUCAGUAAUUAACUUAUUCUUCUGUUGAUCAGUGUCUUAAGUGGAUCAUUAACUUUGGACUUGCUGGGGUUCCCAACCUUUAUUGGCUUUUGAUCCCUAAAACAAAGCUUUGUCUACUUUGUGGUGUAUGUCUGUACGUUGUUGUUUUUUAUUUGAAGUAAUUCACAAGAAAACCAGAUCAGAAGAAAGUCUGAUUUAGAAACUUUGUAACAGAAAAACAUCAACAUCCGAUAUUCAUCUCAGAACUCUCUCUAGGGGUCCAGACGACAUCCUAAGAGCUCAGAGUUCCUCUACAGGUUAUUAUGACUUCCCAUGAGGUGUUUGGUCUACUAGCAGUGUUACCUUUUCAUCCUGGUCUUGAAUGACGAGGUGCCGUGUAUUGUUGGAACAGGUUGGUUGUGUAUUGCCUGCAUAUCGGUAGCGGAAGGUUUGAAUUAGUCUCAAGAUGCUACUUAAUGUAAGUUUGCUUGUUUUGUUUCCCGUGUGAACGUUCCCGUGAUGUAUUACUGCGGUGGAAAAAGAGCCGAGUCGUUCAUUGAAGCCAGUAGUCCCUGGUCUCGCCCUCUCUCUGGUCCCAUCUUAUCACUCGAGCGCCUAAUCUACAUUAUGCAACUGCUUGCAUGGAAUCAGAUUUGCACACGUCUUUUUUUCAUCCUUGUUCAUAAUGUAAAUAUACACAACAAAAAGCUUUUUGUGUCUUUUCCCCCCCAAAUGUUUUCAUAAACAAAAAAAUAUCUAUGAUGUACCUGGAGUAACGUUUCUAUUUUAAUGGGAAACCUUUUUUAAAUUGUCAAAUCAUGCAUUUUUUUAAUCUUUCCAGCUGUUCUGUAUGUUUGUAUAUUGUAUGUGUACAAUAGCAAUAGAGAUAUACUACCUGGUGUAAAUGCAUGCUUCUACAUUAUUUCUCAUUGUUGGAAGAAAGAGAAAAAGAAAAGAAAAAAAAAAAAAGGCAGCCGGGCCAUCUGUUGAUGAUUUCUCAGCUGUCAGCACUUUGUUGUUUGAAGACACUGACGGGGAGAUGUGAUGCCUUACUGUCACACUGUGGAUUGAUGGUUGAAGGGGUUUCUGCUUCACUGCUGUCUGUCGUGCUCUUAUUAUGCCUCUCUUGUGUUGCAUCGACUUUGUUUGGUUUGUGAAGAUGUACAGGACUGAUGCCAACUGAUAGAUGUUCUUGACAGUUUAGACCAAUCACUGUAUCGUGUUGCAUUUCUUUAAGUUAAUCGCUGCUUUUUGUUUGUGAAAUGGGAUGAGUCUUAUUAUACUUUUCUUAGGGCCAGUUUGAUUUAGUGAUUGUGCGAUGCCUCGUUAAAACAUUACGGUAAGGUGCACGCUCACUCCUCCUGCCUCGCAGAGCAGUGAAGCAGCCUCUCGUUCUCUCGGAGGCGUUGGCGUAUUUAUUCCUAAUCAGCGGUCUUCAUUUCAACUUUGCAGUUAUGCAACGCAUUAGGUUUCAUUUAGGACAAUAUGGUUUUUUUGACAUUCUCCGUCCCAAUUAAAAAAAAAAACAAUCA